CGCACUUGUUUAUUUACUUUAAUUUUGGUUGGGUCAGUGCGAAAUUGUAGCUUUCAGUCUUCCUCCUUCCUCAACAACAAUGCCUGUCAAAUGGGUUUUACACUGGCAACCAAAUCAAGGUUCAACAGUAAGCAGCCAAAUCCUAAACGAAGCUACACAAUGCGUAGAGAGCAUCAAUGGUGUCAAAGAAGGAAGAUGGAAAGCUACUCUCAACUAUUACAAACCCUUGUUACGAGACCAGACUAAUCAAGCCGAGUUCCCUCGUGAUUUCUUAGGGAUCUCACUCGCUGAUCAGCCCAACAAGUACUACUUCAUCAUCAGGUCUCAGAGGAUUGUGCUUGAAGCUGAUUCGUCGAUUCAAUUGAUCAUGGAGAGGCUUCAGUCUUAUAAAUCCAAAGUUGCCCUUUACUUUGAAGGGUUUCAGUAUCAGCUUGGUGAUUUUAGAUUGAGAGUUGGUAAAGUUGUUCCUACUCAUUCUGAGAAUGUUAGAGGAAUCGUCAUGGAGGUGGAGUAUCUUCCUAUAUCAUCAAUGGAAAAGUCAAGAAAAGUGAUGGAGGAGUUCUUGGAGAUAUGGCAUGAAGCUCUGUCUAAAAGGUCGUUGCCUGGUAAGUUUGUGAACAUAGAUCUCAACUUUGGGGAGUUUGGACUUGGAGACAAUUACACUCCACAGCACACCGCUGUUCGAUAUGCUCUCGUGAUGGCUCACAUGAUUGCUACGGUUCAAGCUGUGAGAGGCUAAACAAAAGACACAGCUUUGUAUCUUAGGUAAAAAGACUUCUGCGUUUCGCAAUAUUAGUGAUAUCGCUAGUCAUUUUAUGUAGAAGAAACAUUGAGAAAAAUAGACUUUGAGAAAGAGUUGAUAGACCAAGUUGCUUUGCUAACUCCAGGAAAAAAAAUUGAGAUUGUAGCAGAUUGUUGUUUGAAUUUCGAUUAAUGUUCAAAACGUUUUGGUUUGUUUUA